AUGAGCACGCUUGUCAACAAGCCUAUUGACGACCCGAGCUCGCCUGGUGACCCUGGCGCUGGUGGUAAGGACCUUGGCAAUGGUAUCGAUCCGGCAACCAUUGACGAUGGAUAUGCUCUUCCAAACAUCGAUGCCACGGGCAAUUCGGUAACGGAGAAGUCCACCCUAGCCGAAUUGAACAUACCCCGCAGGAAUGACAGGGCCGGCUGGCUCAAAAUACGCAACGGAUUGCGGCACCAAGCACAGUUAAUCACCGGUACCGAUGGCAAGACAUUGAGCCCUAUUUACCCAUUUGGUUACCUCGGGAACAGCAACUCCUCAAGCUUGACGUUAUCUGUGGGCAGCACAGAGCUCUCCCCCUCCUUUCAGUUAACCUGUCAGACCCAUCGUGAAACGGAUGGCUCCGUGGAUCGCAUACACAUUGGACACAUACGCUGGUUUAUUGGCGCAGUCUACACUACAACAACUAGAUCAAAGGCUAGUGGAGACUAUGGGUACGAGUGGAAUGUCGGUCAUGCCGGCAUCUCUAAUGUCCAUGCAGGCGAGAUUGUCAACAAUGCCUACUUCGACCUGGAGUUCACUUGCACCUUUGGUGUGACAUCUAACCUGGGUCCUCCACACGAUGUUGAACUUGUUCAAGAAGAGCUUGAUCUGCUCGCCUGUCUUCGCGAGUUGGCACUCCCUUCAACUAAGACCGUGAAAUUGAGAGUCAUUUUGUCUAAGCAGGACAUAACAUCCUUCUCUAACGGUAACACGAUUGACAUUAAGAGGUUUUUUGACGAGUUUGGAACGCUCUCGUGCAGAAACAAACCUUUAUACGCACCUUACUUGCGUGUCAACGGAUGUGCGCAGGCAAUGCCCAAUGCUAUGAAGAGAGUCUUCCAUCGUCUGAAAGAUGGUUCACCGCACAUACCUAUCAGGGCCUUCAAUGAGUUUGUGGAUCCAUUGGAGGCAGAAGUUCAGCUUUCAUAUGAUGUUGAUGCAGAGCACCAGGAGGGUCUUCUUUUCCACAAGCAAUUUGAAACUGCAGAACAUCAAGCUCGGUUCAUUUCGUAUGGCGCUAAUGUCCUCGCACUGGUGAAUCUAGGCAAUCGUGACAAGAUCCGUGAUGCACGGAUUCUUCUCGAGCAUAGAGCAGACGUGCUCGUGUACUGGAAAAGCAACAAGCAGGCCAAGUUUGAACAGUCUGCCAAGUUUCUCGUCGUUGAGAACGUGUUCAGUCUUGGGGUUCCCGCAGACCUCAUCCUUGUAUGCAAAAACAAGGACGUUGGCUAUUUCCAUGGCUCCGCAGUUGAUUAUACUCAAAUCGACCGGGUGGAAUACAAGCCUAUGAGGCUUAAGGUCGUUAGCGCUGAUACCACUUACAAGCGCCGCAUUAGUAUCACGCAUACUAUCUGGGACCUCCAGCACGGCAAGCGAGACCUUUGGCCUCUUUUACUCAACCAAUCUCCGGAGUCGUUGCCAUCUACGAAUGCAUUUGAACUGGCCAAUGUCCCCAACGAUGAGGCUGACAAGGCGUUACGGGGUGCUAUGCACAGAGUCGUCAAGUUCACCAACUUGGACAGCAAUCAACUAGCAACCAUCCAAGGUGUCAAGUCAAUGAGGGCAAAAAUGCAGAUUAUGCAGUCCCCUAGUGGGACCGGGAAGACGCGCUUUGCUGCCAUACUGGCACAAAUGUAUGGCGAUGCUGGCAUCGCAACUCUGAUUACCGCCCCAAACAACACCGCCGCGGACCAAAUUGCCGAUGAACUUACUUCGAAAUUUAUCACUGACGUGGAGCCCAUCAGAGUCCUUGCGAGCUCAAUCUCAAAUGGGCUUGAUACUUCCGUGAUGGCCUUGAUGCAUAACACCGAUGAAUCAGCUAUCCAGGAUACCAUCGAAGAUAUCACAACGAUAAGCCUCAUCGCGCUCAUGAAGGCAUCCAAAGGGAAGCUCCCUCGCCCGGCCCUUGAUAACGAGUUAUCAUCUGUCACAGUCCGCAGGUGUAUGGACCGAUCCCUUACUGUGAUCACACAAUACAGUAACGAGAAAGGGGAGCCCCAUGGCGCAAAUUUCAACAUGGCCGAGGAACUCCGAGGCUUCCUGGUGCGCCUUCAGGACCCAGCAGUUGAUAAAUCAUUCAAACACUGGAACUACGAGGAUAAAGCCAGAUUUAACCAGUCAAAAGAGAUAGUCAUGGCAAAUAUUCUCGCACACGCCAAGGUGCUGAUCACGACCACCACCAAUGCUGGAUCAAAACUUAUUUGUCAGAACGUCGGCAGAGAAUCCAGAGGUCUCGCUGUCAUGAUAGAUGAAGCGGGCAGAGAUCGCGAAGUGGACAGCUACUUUGCUCUUGCAGCAUCUGACAAAACCGUCGUCGCGAUGCAUCUGUUUGGUGACAUACAGCAGGGAAUAUCCCUCCACUUCUCUAUUGGCAACUUCAACGAAUUCAGGGCGAGAGGCGAACUUUCUUUGAUGGCUCGACUGAUUGCUGGUGGUUUCCCUUACAUCACCUUUACCCGCCAGUUUCGCAUGCACCCUACUAUCUUCGCGUAUCCCAAUGAGAGAUUUUACGGCAACAAGAUGAUUUCAGAUCAAUCCACCAUUCACAACAACUACCUCAAGCCUGCGGUAGCUACCAUUCUCAAAGACAUUAUCGGGCUUGAUCAUAGUGAACCCGAUAACAAGGCCCGUCUACAUUAUGUUGAAAUCAUAAACUCCAAGGUACUCAAGUCGAAGCUGUCGCGCUCAAGGGCCAACCUUGAGCACGUGGCAUGGAUCCGUAAAGAGCUUGUAGCUGGAUUUAUCCGGAAGUUCCAAGUCGACUAUCCUGGCAUGGAGCUUAAUAUGUCCAUGUUACCGCGCAUCUACACGGUAGAUUCAGCUCAUGGAAUCCAAGGAGAUAUCGUGUUCCUCGACCUCGUGAAUACGGAAGCUGAUCGUCCCAUUGACGUCGGCUUUAUGGCUGAAGAACAGCGCGCGUGUGUGGCUUUCACGCGUGCGUUGAAGGCUUUCAUAAUGGUAGGCGGACCAAUGGAGGGGCGCCAAAACGAACGUAAGAUGUGGAACCGUACGCGUGUUUGUGCAAUCCUCGAAUACAAGGCGUCCCUUCGCAACAACGAUCUUAUACGGAUGGUUUCCGUGAACCCAGCUCCCCAUCCUUUACCAUGGUACCUUGAAGAAGAAGACAACCUCUAG